AUGGCUACCCAUAUCAAAAUCCAACCGGAUAUUGACUCGCUGAAGCAAUUGCAACUGGAAAAUGACGAUGUUUCCAUAAAUAUGUACCCGGUGUAUGCGUACUUGCCAUCGUUGGACCUGACUCCUCACGUGGCAUAUCUGAAGCUGGCGCAACUGAACAAUCCCAACAGAAGGGAAUCGUUCCUAUUGGAAAGUGCCAAGACUAGCAAUGAAUUGGACCGUUAUUCUUUCAUCGGUAUUUCCCCACGCAAAAUCAUCAAAACAGGCCCCACUGAAGGCUUGGAAACCGAUCCUUUGGAGAUCUUGGAAGAGGAGAUCUCUUCGUUUAAAGUGGCAGAAAACAUCCCCGGUUUACCCAAACUAAGUGGUGGUGCUAUCGGUUACAUCUCUUACGAUUGUGUUCGUUAUUUCGAGCCAAAGACUAGAAGACCUUUGAAGGACGUUUUGAAACUCCCAGAGGCAUAUCUAAUGCUCUGUGAUACCAUUAUCGCCUUUGACAACGUUUUCCAAAGAUUUCAAAUCAUCCACAACAUUAACACUAACGAGACUUCGCUAGAACAAGGUUAUAAAAAUGCAGUGGAAAUAAUCACCGACGUUAUAUCCAAACUAACAGACGACUCUUCCCCAAUACCAUACCCAGAACAGCCUCCAAUCAAGUUGAAUCAAACUUUCGAAUCUAACGUGGGUCAAGAAGGUUACGAAAGCCAUGUCUCCACUUUGAAGGAGCAUAUCAAAAAGGGAGAUAUAAUCCAAGGUGUUCCAUCCCAAAGGGUGGCAAGGCCUACUUCGUUACAUCCUUUCAAUAUUUACAGGCAUCUGCGUACCGUGAACCCUUCGCCUUACCUGUUCUACAUCGACUGUCUGGACUUCCAAAUCAUUGGUGCGUCUCCAGAACUAUUAUGCAAGUCGGAUUCUAAGAAUAAAGUGAUCACGCACCCAAUCGCUGGUACUGUUAAGCGUGGUGCUACCACGGAAAAGGAUGAUGCUUUAGCCGACCAGUUGCGUGGCUCGCUAAAGGAUCGUGCUGAGCAUGUCAUGUUAGUCGAUUUAGCAAGAAACGAUAUCAACAGAAUUUGUGAUCCAUUAACAACAAGCGUCGAUAAGUUGUUAACCGUACAAAAAUUCUCUCAUGUUCAACAUUUGGUUUCUCAAGUGAGCGGUACUUUGCGCCCCGAAAAGACAAGAUUCGAUGCAUUCAGAUCGAUCUUCCCCGCCGGGACGGUCAGUGGUGCUCCAAAGGUCAGAGCUAUGGAAUUGAUUGCUGAACUGGAAGGCGAAAGACGCGGUGUGUAUGCAGGUGCCGUCGGCCACUGGUCAUAUGACGGUAAAACAAUGGACAACUGUAUUGCUCUACGGACCAUGGUUUAUAAGGAUGGCAUUGCCUACCUGCAAGCUGGUGGUGGUAUUGUUUAUGACUCCGAUGAAUACGAUGAGUAUGUAGAAACUAUGAACAAGAUGAUGGCUAAUCAUAGUACCAUUGUUCAAGCUGAAGAAAUGUGGGCGGAUACCGUGGGGACCGUUUGA